GGACGAGAAAAAAACGAUACUUUGGGCUCAGCCAAUGUGCGUUAAGGUCGCGAGGACUCUGUCGAACUUUGAUGGGCGCCGCGCGAUUGUUAGGGGGAUUUUUAUAGAUUUUAUAGAACAGUGUGGGAUAUGUCCUAAUUUAUGUAACCCAGGCAAAUUAUGGCGUAAAAGAGCAGUUCAAGUUCAUGUUCAUAGGAGUUCAGAAUGGCGUUUGAGGGGCGUCAGAGCACCGCAGAACGUUCGGUCUUUUCAACACAUCACGGGCAAGCUGGUCUUAAUGGAGGUGGGGGAAGUGAUGAAAGUGCUGCAUUUCCCUUUCUUUUCAUCCCAAGUGCCUCACCUCAGGACGCAGCAUCCUACAUGCCCUGGUCUCAUGCUCAUGAUUGUUCCUCCGGACCAAUCACUUCUGCCCAGAGCGGCAUUGAAAACAGGAAACUCAUUCAUAGUACUGAUUGUGAAGGUGAGACUGACCUACAGGGUCUAGUGUCAAAUAUUUUGGAUGAACCAGAUUCACAAGACAGUUACUACAGUGAUGGGAGUCUACCCAUGUGUGAUUCCAUAUGGUCUCCGAAAACAUUGAAAGAAGAACUGCUUCAGUAUUUACCAUCAGACGCUAAAGUGCAGCAUAGCCCUACAUUUUCUCCAAACUAUGUAUCUCAUGAUUCUUUUAGCAAGGCACAGGGACAGUCUGUGGUGAAAACCAUUGGACAGUUUAGUCCACAUUCAAACGGCUUCACUGGCAGCCAACAGUGUUUUUUAAACUUGCCUAACGGAGAAAGGGGCAUUUCCAUUUUCGAAACUAAAAAGCUCCCACCAGGUUUGUCAUUGCCCAAUAUAGAAAACUCAUACCUGUCACAGAUACAAAACAACAAAUGUGACAAGGUGUCGGUUGACAGAAAAAACAGUCAGUCGUUGAAUGAUUUCCUUGAACUCAGUGACGCCUUUAAGCCACAUUGCGAAAUGAACAGCCCCUAUUUUGAUCCAUACGAUAAAGACCAUUGCAUGCAGAGCAGUAGAAAGACCAUUGGUAUGGCACAGUCUUCCCCAAAUGAUAUUAGCCAAUUGGUCAAUAGUUUUCAGUCAUUUAUGACUGAUAAACAUGAUAGCUUUUCUAACUUUCCAAAUCUUACCAAGCAGAUGCUGCACCAUGAAGAAAACACUAGUCCUCCAUUGUUGACACAACCUCCUACUGCAAUGCAGACCCAAAAAAGACUGGUUGGAGAUUUUGGGACAGCGCAGAGAGAACAAAAUGUGGCACUGAGAAAUCAAACAUUUCUACAAGAUGAUUUUCAAGAUGUGUCUUGUUUCAGCCCACGUUCCAGAGAGUAUUUCAAGUCACUAAAUCAAAGGCCUGCAUCUUUAAACUACCCAAACCAGUUUCAAAACAAUAUUGCCAUCCAGAGAAAGAACAUUAACAUGAGCCAGUACCCAAAGCAUGAUGUAGAGCCGGGCAAGAUACAGAGCAAGAUCAUGCCACAGGUGCAGCAGAUGCCUAUGCCUGCCUUUUUGGAUGAUGGCAUUUCUGCGAGACUCCAGACCCAGAAAAACAAGGCUUCUGCAAAAAACACGCACUUUGAACUUCAGGAGAGCAUGCAGUCUCAGAAAUGUGACAGAAGAAAAAGCUUCAGUGCACUGAAUACACAGCAGUUCAUGCCUCUGUAUCCUGUAAAUGAACCCAGAAGAUGCCCCAGCCUAGUCAACAACUCAAGGUUCAGUGGAAGAAGCAGAAUGCCUUUUGGAUGUGGUGUGUCCCCUGGUAUGGAUGUGGUUUCAGCCAGUGAUUCUGCAGCAUUGAACUUCUAUACCAGUGACAUGAUGACCUGCAGAGGAGAGAGCACCUCUAAUGGCAUAGCCUCAAGUGUUACACCUCCACAUCAAGGAGUACCAGAUCUUAACUUCUUUUUGGAUGAGUGUCAUGAGCAGUGGAGGUGUUUGGAGAGAGAAAGAAAGAGGAUAGAGGCCAUCCUUUCCAAGACAUUUCAUGGAAACUGGACUCCAGCAGUGACAGACACUACAUAUCCCAAUACUCCACAAAAUCCCAUGAGAGUGGACAACCUCAUUAUUAAACAGAUCAGAGAACAAGCAAAGGUAGCAAGCCUUUUGGAAAAGAUGGAAAGUGUGUGCAAAACUCCCCUCCAUAUGAACAUACACACAGCACUAAACAGGCAUCACAUGGCUAUUUGCAUCACCCAGACAAGGCGCAAUGAGGAGAUUGCCAACGCAUCAAAACACCAACAACAGAAAGCUGAAAGCGAGGUUGUGCUGUUGGUCUUUGCAAUCAAUGACCUAGCUGCUACCACAAGGAAGCUCUGCACAGCCCUGUGGUGCGCUCUUCAGAUGACACUACCCAAACCUGUCCAGAGGCAGUACCACAAUUAUGAAGAGGUGACAUGUAGUGACAGAUGCUCCUCUCCAUUUGAGGGGUACUCUUUUAGGAUUUAGCAGGCAACACGUCAUGUUGAAAGUGUCCAUUCACUUCAUGUCACAUCCCAUUUAUAAACUUCCCAUAAGAAAACACAUACAAAAAUAUAGGGACAUUUUACUUGCCAGCUGUCACAGCCAAAUGAGAUGAACAGUUUGAAAUGUGAUAGCUGCAUUCUUGUGACAUCCUGGAGCUUCAAUUGCAGUGGAAUACAAAUUAUCCUGCUGCCUCUUAACUUAAUUGAAUUAGUCCAAGCUAACCUAAAUCUUGCUUCAUCAACACAAUAUUUAAAGUCAGUAUUUAUUUGGAAGAUUACACUUUUCAUUGUUUUACUUAUUUAUUGGAAUGUCAUGAAAACUCUGUUCCCAAAGAAUAAUUGAAUCAUAACAGCAGCAAUUACCAAUUAACAUUAAGACUUAAAUGACUUUGAACUCUUCCCAUUAAGUUGCUACCACUUAUGUUCAGUAUGCUUAGUUAGUAAAAGGUGUUUUUCUGCAGCUUAGUGAAGUUAAUAUUGGUCUUAUGACAAGUAAGUUCAGCGUUUUGAGUGAAUUAAUCACAUUUUCCGAAUAGAUUAAGAAAAUAAAUAUUUUUCUUAUCAGUGAUAUGAAUCGUCCUCUGUUGGGUGACUUUAGCUAUUCAAAACCCUCUUGGCAUAAUAUGUUAAAUACUAACUUGUUUUCUAAUGUGCUGUUUAGCAUCUUACAUACAUACAUUUUGUCUUAACCUUAUAAACAAGAACAGUUUUAAUAAUAUGUGAAAGUGUGAAAUGAUACCCGACAACCUUAAUACAUAGUAACGUAUAAAUCAGACUAUGCAAGUUAUAUUUAUGUAUUUUAAAUUUCAGUUUGUCAGCGACCUGUUAUCAAGCCUGUUGUUUUAAUUUCAGUGAAUUUAAAAAAGGUGUUCCAUUCUCCAUAUGUAUUAGUUGUCUCCAUAUUUGUAAAUGUUCAUGGUUGUUGCGGAGAUUUUAGAAUAAAGCAAACAAGAUAAC